AUGCUGAUUGUGGACAUGCUAACGUUGGCCUUAACGAACGGACAGAGCUUGCUCGAACGGGAGCGGGAACGGGAGAGGCAACAUUUUAAUUUUGGCGAAUACAAUAUAAAAAAUCAAGAAAAACAAUUGUUACAAAUUUGUGAAAAUUUUGUGCAAAUCAGCUCAAGUGUUGGCCAAAACGAGCAGCAAAAACAGCAACAACAGCAACAGCAACAACAACAACAACAACAAAUUUUGUAUACAGGCGUCAACAACGACGCGGGCAGCGCAGCUGGCGACGACGCUGACGGCGACGCGCAACGUACAGAAAAAUUUGUGCAAAAAGGCAGUACAAAUGCGUUAAGUGCUGAUUUUUUUUUGUAUAAACCAAGUGAAAAUGUGCAAAGUGACGUAGCAGCAAUAGCAACAACAGCAGCAACAACAACAAGAGCAGCAGCAGCAGCAACAACAACAGCAACAACAUUUGCCAGGGCAAAGGAGCCAAAGUCAAAUCAGAAACAGACACAGACAUCGAAGGAGGUGUUGGUGCUGGCGGAGACGCCAUUGUCAUUGCCAUAUUUGCGUGAGGAAUCGGCGAACGUAGCGAGCGGCCCAUGCCACGACCCUGUUACUGUUGAUAAUGUCGUUGGUGUUGCUGGCGCUGUUUUGCCCGAAAGCGUGCCAGUUGUUGUUGUUGCUGACGGUUACGUGGAUUACGUGAAAAGUGUUGCAGACAACAAAGUAGUAGCCGCAGCAGAGGCAACAGCAUCGCACUGGGCCACGCUAGCGAGCAAAGCAGCGAGUAGCAGCUCAGGCCAAAGUUUGCUCGACGAGUGCCGUGCGGAACCUUUACACAGGUUUGAGUCCACAGCGUUCGUGUUCGACGUGACGAGCAGCGCACAGAAAGCAACGAGUAGCAAGCACAAAGCAGCGAGUAGCGAGUGUGCAGCUAGCUAUACGCUCAUAGACUGCGACGCAGCUGAUCAGCAGUCGGCUGUGCAGCACAACGAGUGUGCCACAGCAGCGAGUAAAAGCGAAAGUAACGAGUGCAGCACAACAAAAACAACAGCAGCAGCAGCAACAAGCUGCAACGAUUACGAUCUUAUUGAUUUUGAGCACGAUUUGGUCGAUGAUUUUGUGGCCAGCCAGCGGCUAAAACGCUUACAGCAUAAUUUUCAGGGACGCGUUAACAGCAGCAACAACAGCAGCAACAGCAGCAACAACAUCAGCAACGACAACAACAGCUGUAGUUGUGAGGCUGUAGUUGAUUGUGUAAAGGCAUCCUUGAGACAGCAACAACAACAACAACUAAAACUAAAUGCCUGCACGUCUACAAUAAACACAACAAAGAAACUACCCCCUGAAGCAGCAGCAGCAAAUAGCCAUACACCCACUCUCACACCCACAUUCACACCCCCGAGCAGCAGCAGCAGCAGCCACGCUGCAAAGGACAAUAAAAUAGUUGAAAGUUCGCUGUUGGCCGUGGCAAGCUCAAGUGCAAUACAAUUAGAUGUAAAUUGUAUUCAAGACAUUGGAAAUGAACAAAUUGCCACAGCAAACGACAGCAGCAGCAGCAGCAGCAGCAGACAACAGCAAUUGCUGAAUACGUUGCCAGAGUUGGCAUUGCGCGUGCGCGGUGAGCGUGUUGUGAGCACAGCUGAAACAUUAGCUGACAGCCAAGACGACGGCGACCAGGUGCUGAUUGAAAUUGAAGCAAAGCCCGCAGCAACAACAACAACAACAACAACAGCAACAGCAGCAACAGCAACAGCAACAUUAACAGCAGCAACAACAGCGACAGACAGUUGCAUACGCAGCGCAUUUGUGCCCACAGUUAUUUGUGACAACAAUUGCAGCGAUUCGUCAACGAACGCCGCCAAUUUUGUGGCCACGCUCAGCGAGUUCGAUGUGCAGCGCUUUGGCGAGUAUCUGAGAGCGGCGCGACAGCUACAAUUGCUGGACAUCAAUCACAAUAGCCAGAGUCAGCUGCCAGGCGAGCCGAGCGGCAGUCACGUGAGCGUCAAACAGCGACGCGGCUUUCAGUGUUACGACGAGCUACUCGCUGAAUUUGUAAGCGAACAGCAGGACGACAACGAGAACGAGCACGAGCAGGAGCAGGAGCAGGAGCAGGAGCUGGACAGCGAGUGCGAUUACAAUAGCGAUAGCAAUUGCAACGAGUGCCAGUGCGAUGAGUGCCUAGCGGUCGCAUCACAUAACAGUACAGCGAGCAACGAGUACAACGAGCGAACAGCGAGUACACUCGCUACAAGCACAACAUCGACUGGGAUAGCACUUGGGCCCCGGCCAGACGUGUUCAAGAUGCGUGAGGUGAAUGGCCAGCUGCGCGGUCUGCUCAAAAAACCGAAUCGACCGCCGCCGGCUCGCAAAAAUCGUGUCGUCUUCGACGAGACACGCAACGAAUUCUUCGAGGCCGACUAUAUCAUAUUGAUACGCGAGGAUUGCGCCUACGAUGAGGAGGACGAGGAGCCAUGCACCUGCGGCGAGCACGAGCUGGUGCGCCUCUGCUGCGAGGAGGGCUGCCAGUGCAACUAUGCCGUUAAUGCCGCUGAGCCCGGCGAUGGACGAACGCCACAGAGCCCCAAGUUCCAGCCGCCAAUUGACUUUGUGGACGAUGCCGCGCUCAGUCCACCCGAUGGCUACAAGGAUAACAGCCUAAAGAACACGCUGGGCGGCGCGCUCAGCGGCCACAUCUUUGGGGCGCAGCAUCUGCAACAGUUGCAGGUUAUCCAGCGUCUGCAGCAGCAGCGUGCUGCGAUGUUGGCGGCGCGCAACAGCGGCAGCAACAGCAACAGUCAAAUACCGCCGCCGCCACCGCCCGCAGGCGGCGCUCAGCAACAACAACAACAACAACAACAGCAACAACAGCAACAACAACAGCAACAACAACAACAACAGCAACAACAGCAGCAACAACAACAGCCGCUGCCCGAUGAGGACCUGCAGGGCGUUUGCACCGAGUGCGCCGAGUGCGCUGAAUGCGCCGCCAAGCAGCUACAGGAUGCAGAAUGCGGCGGAUCGCAGUGCAACGAGGAACUGACGCCGAUCGGGGUGCCAGCUGUGGCAUUGUUGCCGUUGCAUACCAGCUCACCGGAGCGUCGCAUCACGCAGAAGGAGAUCAUCGCCGGCGAGGAGCGGCCCAAAUAUGUGCUGCAAUCACAAUAUAAGCCCGCAGCGGCAUCUGCAGCAGUCAAAGUUAGAAAGGAUGCGGGCAGUAGUAGCAAACCCGCCGCCGCCAGUGCCAUUUCCGGUUCCGGUACCGUUGCCGCAACCGGCACCGGCACCGGCACCGGCUACGGCAACAGCCUGGUGCCAGCAGCGGGCAGUAGCUCAGCCAAGAAAAAAAGAUUUGUUGUUGAAACCAUUACCACUAUGACCACAGUGACCGAGCGACGCAUUAUACGCGAGGCGCACGAGGAUACGGCGGCUGCCAGUGGCGCUGCCGGCGCAGCGCCCGCAGCGGAAAUGCUGCCGCCGGCGCUGCCGGCCAAGGCGAGCGCAACAGCCGCCGCCGCCGCCGCCGCAGCAGCUGCCAGCGCCGCUGCAGCCGCGAAUGCAGCUGGCACAGAGCCAUACGAUGAGGAGAAACCGCCACCCAUACCGCCCAAGGAGCUGACAACGACCACACAGAUCAGCGGCAUACUGAAGGGCGGCAAACUCUGGAAGCAGGACUCCAUUUCCCAGCAAUCGGAUGACCAGAACAACACCACCUCAGAGGACGAGAGCGGCGCCACGAAGCGUUCGGUGCGCUUUGUGACCGAGGAUCAGGCGAAUGCCGGCACCGAUGGCGAUGGCCAAUCGCUCUGCGGCGAGCUGGACGACAGCGAGAACCAGAUCAACGAGCUGAUACCCAUCAAGAAGCACUCGACGCUGUUCAACAAUGCGCUGCGUCCCAAUUCGGCGGUGCGUCAGCUGUUCCCCAGCGUUUCGGCCCAGCAGGCGCCGGUGCUCACCUCGGAGGCGUUGCGCGCCUUCGAUGAGUCCAAGCGCGCCGGCUGCCUGGUAACCCAUUUGCCCGGCAGCUGCGGCGACUCGGACACCUUGCGGCGCAGCAUGGAGCGCAAUAUACUGCGACGUUCGCUGAUCAAGAAGAAGGCCGUCAAGUCGGACAUUUCGCUGGAGGAGCGCAUCAAGCAGCUGACCUGCGACAUUGACGAGGAUCUUGUCGAGGAGCUGUCGCGCGGCGUUGCCGAUGCCGACCAGGAUCAGGAUCAGGCCAGCGAGCGUGACUGCUCGGAGCUGGCGCAGCGCGACAGUCCCGCCGGCGAGGAGAAUCCCAAUACGCUGGCGCCCAAGUUCAUGAACGGCGAGAAGAGCUUCUCGCCCAGCAGCUCCGUCUCAAGCUCGUCCAGCGGCUCGUCGGCCUACAAGAAGAUCGCUGACAUCUUUAGUCGCGACAAGAAGCAGGAGAAGAUUAUGGAGCUCGAGGAGAAUCCCAUUGUCAUCAUACCCCAGGAAUGCCGCUGCCCCGCCGCACCAGAUCUGGGCAUGGGCAUUCAGGUGCCGGUUGUGCACACGCAAAUCCAUCGUACGCCGCCGCGUCAAAACGAACCCAAGCGCCAGUUCCUCUCGACCCUGGCGCCGCUGACCGCCUGCGUGGCAGGCAACAAGGACGAUCUGUCCUCCUACUACACGCUGGCCGCGGCAGCCGCCGCUCACCAGCACGGACAUGCGGCGCAUGCGCACGCCCAUUAUGCGGCCGCCGCUGCCGCCGCCGAUUACAAUAUGAGCCAGCUGCUGGGCGCUGCCGCGGGCGCUGGCGAUGCCGUGGCCCAGCAGGCGGCCGCUGCGGCGAUGGUGGCGCAGGGCUUGGCUUUGGGCGGCGGCGCUGGUGCUGGUGCUGGUGGUGCCGGCGCUGGCGGGGAUGAGGCGCGCAAGGUGGCGCCGGAUGUGAUUGCCGGCACGCCCGGGCAGGAGACAACGCAACAGGACGAGCUGGCCGCCUUCGCCCAGGCGGAGGCGAAGCGCACCGAGCAGCUAAAGAAACGAUAUACGGGCGUGGAGACCGCCUCCCAAUGCCAGUCGCAGGCGAGCAGCGACGACGACGAACAGAACGAUUAUGGCUUCAAUAAACGGCCCUCGGUGCGCGGCAUCAAGCCCAAGUUCAGCUCCACCAACGAGAUACUUGCCCAGAUGCAGGAGCAGCUCACCCAGCAGAUACCCACAACGGUGAUCAGCAGCCAACCCGUGCCGCAGGCCAUCAAGGGCUAUGCCAUGCCCAAUCAGGCCAAGCAGCCGAAUCCCUCGCCGCAGAACGUGCCACAGCAGCAACAGCAGCAGCAACAGCAGCAGCAGCAACAGCAGCAGCAGCAGCAGCAGGCGGCGCAGUUGCAGCAACAAAUGGCGAAUGCUCUGCAGGCCAAUACCAUUGCCCAGCAGAAGACGGAACAGCGCACCUGGAGCUUUUACAGCGAGAGCGGGGAGCAGCAACGAUUUCCGGUAGACGCCGCCGCCGCCGCCGCCAUACAGCAAACAUAUUACCAGACGUUGCCGGCGGGCGCCAUGUUCCGCCAGACAAUGAUACAGCAGGGCGCCGCCGAUGAUGCCUCCUCGCUGCUGUAUGCCGCUGCCCAGAACUGUCAGAGCAUGACGGCCACGGCAACGGCGACCGCAACCGCGACGGCCAUCGAGCAGAGCAAGCACAGCAGCUAUAGCAGCCACUUUGCACGCAGCCCCACCAGACGGCCGGAGUCGCCGCCGCCGUUGCGCAACUAUCACCAGACGAUGGUGUUGAUACCAUACAAUGCCGAGACCUAUUCCCAGUUCGCAACCAGCAGCAGUGUCGAUCCCAAGCUGGCUCACAUCCAGCGACAGAAUAUACUCGAGUAUCAGCAGGUAACACAGCAAACGAUACGCGUGCCCAUUGGCUAUGCUCUGCCUGGCAUGCAGCUGCAUGUGGUCAGUGGGCGUGGCCACGCCGCACACUAUGCACAGCAUCAGCACACGGCUGCCCAGCAGCAACAGCAACAGCAGCAGCAACAGCAACAUCUGCACCAGCAACAACAUCAGCAUCAGCAGCAGCAGCAGCAGCAGCAACAGCAGCAGCAGCAUCAACAGCAGCAGCAACGUUUAAUGUCGCAACACUAUCAAUACGGACCGGAGGGCGGCAUGCCGGGCUUUAGCGAACGGGGCGUGCCCGAGGGCGCAGCUGCCGUCUCGCACAGCGAUUGCAGCGCCAUGGUCUCGCCAACAGGCGCCCAGCAGCAACAGCAGCAACAGCAGCAACAACAACAACAACAGCAACAACAACAUCAGCAACAGCAGCAACAGCAGCAGCAACAGGUGGGCGCUGCAGCAGCUCAGGGAUCCGUUUACUAUGCGAUGAACGUAUGACCCGGGCUGGAAUAGUCGCUGCCAGCGGCGGUCAUUGUUGAGCGCCGCCAGUGUCAACGCGUCGAGUUGUCAGCGACUUCAGUGCAUUUGGGCGGAGGCGGCGGCAGCGGCGGCUGCGGCAGAUGAGCCCCAAAUGGCCAAACCGCCAACCUCUGAACGAACAAAAUUUAGAAACCCAAAAACAAAAACCAACAAAAGUAUUUCAAGUGUUUCCAAAAAAAAAAAAAACAAAUGUUGCUUAAGUUUGUCGUUGAGUUCGAAUCGAUUACGCGUUGAUCCUAGCGAGCAGCUCAGUUGCUCUCCCUCUCUCUCUGUCUCUGUCCCUUUCGCACAUGCUCUCUGUCUCUCUCUAGCUCUCUGUCUGUCUGUCUGCGUGCCUGUGUAUCUGUGUGUGCGUGCGUGCGUGUGUGUGUGUGUUUGUGUUUAGCCUAUAAAAGUGCUUCACUCUUUUAGCUGCCCGCCCCGCGAAGUAUGCAGCAAUAUUGUGCGCUUCGCAACACUGCACGAAAAGUGACGCAAACAACACUAGAAUUUAGUAAUUACAGCAAAAUAUUAAGACAAAACCGAAAAAAAAAAAACAAA